AUGGAAAACAUGAGAAGAGCGCUCACAGAAUUUGGUCUGGAACUUUCGGUUGACGCCACCGCUGCUCGAGGACAUAACUUGGAGGAGCACCUAGAGUCGCUGUGGCAUCGCUCGCAGCACGACGACUACGACGACGACGACGACGACGACGACGAAACGGAGCAAGACUCGCACUCGGAGCCGCGCAGGGCAGACGAGGGCGGAGGCGACUGCGAAUCGACGUGA